AUGCUUCUGAGACGGAAGAUGAAGCCCGCUGAGAAAAGGGGGUGGAGAGAAGAGGAGCAGAGAGGGGAUGAGAUGAGAGGAGAGGAGAAGACAGAUGAAGAAGACAGGCGAAGAAGAUUUGCGAAAAAGAACUGCAAAAGACAGGCCAAAUCUCAACAACAGGCUCCUCUCUUCUCGCUCCUUUCCGCUCCGCUCCUCUCCUCUCCCUUUUCUUUUAUUUUCGUGCAG